ACCACUUUUGACACCCGGAAUUCCGAACUUUUUGCCCCUCGAUUUUUUAAUAUGGCAGAUGACAGUGAUAUUAAAAAUAAAAUAGGUGAAGAAAUUUUUCAAUAUUUCCGUGUGAUAAUCCGCUCUGAGUGUGUAGAAAUCCAGUCAAUGAGGAUAUUUACCUGUUAAAUGGUAUGACUUCUGUGUGGCUGCACAGAGUGUGAAGUGAAUGCGAAUCAGCUCGCGCCAUGAAUUGAGUGCCAAAAGAGGAGAAAGUGACCGGAAAUCAAGAGCAGGAAGUCGCGAUACUUUGGGUGAUCUGUGUGAGUGAGAGCAGUGAGGAUGGGUAACAAGAAUUCGUGCUGCAGCUAUGCCAGUCCCACGCCCGUGAGGAAGACUCAGGCGGCCCCAGAGACGCCAGAGUUCAACUGCCACAUCCCCAACAGUGAGCCCAACUUGCCCCACAUUUCGGAACGCGAGGCGGCUGACGGCGAUGUUGACCCGUCGGUGCACCCAUCGGCGGCGACAAUGUUCCUGGAGCGCUCAAAGCAGUGCCUGGAGAAUGGCAUCACGCGCAAGAAGUCUCAGCACCAAAUUGCCCCACAGACAGGUGGGCUGAAGAAGAGCAGCUCGUGCUCCACCAUCUACCUCGACGACAGCACAGUAUCGCAGCCGAACCUGAAGAACACAGUCAAGUGCGUGUCCCUGGCCAUCUACUAUCACAUCAAGAACAGGCAGUCGGAGAGGCGGCUGGACAUCUUCGAUGAGCGCCUCCAUCCACUCACGCGUGAUCCGGUGUCGGAGAACUACGACAUGCUCAUGCCGGAGCACCGGCAGAUCUACAAGUUCGUCCGGACGCUCUUCAACGCGGCCCAACUCACGGCUGAGUGUGCCAUCAUCACGCUAGUGUACCUCGAGCGCCUGCUCACGUACGCCGAGCUGGACAUUGCUCCAUGCAAUUGGAAGCGUAUCGUGCUGGGCGCUCUGAUGCUGGCCAGCAAAGUGUGGGACGACCAGGCGGUGUGGAAUGUGGAUUACUGCCAGAUCCUCAAGGAUAUCACAGUGGAGGACAUGAAUGAGCUGGAGAGACAGUUCCUGGAACUCCUCCAGUUCAACAUCAAUGUCCCGUCCUCCGUGUACGCCAAGUACUACUUCGACUUGAGGACACUGGCCGAGGCGAACGAUCUGUCUUUCCCCUCGGAGCCACUCUCCAAGGAGCGCGCUCAGAAGUUGGAGGCCAUGUCUCGGGUAAUGCAGGACAAAGUCACCGCCGAGGCGCUGAAGAAUGGCGUGAAGAAGUGGUCCUCAAUGGACAAUAUCAACAGCCAACAAGCUGCACGACGAAGUGUGGCGAUUCUCUCGUGAUUUCACCAAUUCGAGAGUCGAGUUGAGUUCUUAGCGAUAAACUUCGAGAAAGUCCACAGAUCAAUAUACAUAAAUACGAUAUGGAGAUGUGACAUGAUUGGUAAAUAACACGAGAAAGGAAUAUUGUGGAGAAGAAAGGGAAUAAUUUAAAGUACCAAAGUAACACUAGUGAAUUAUGUGUAUUGAUUGGCGAGGCGAAAAAGGAGAUGAAACUUAAAGAAUUUGCAUGUAACAUUUUUUCAAUUUUUAUAUAAGAAGAAGAAGAAAAUACAUGAAAAAUGAUUAUAAAUGUGAAAGGAAAAAGAAUGUGGCGUGAAAGAGGGAAAAAAACGAAAUGAGGAGUGAAUCAAAAUUGAUGAUUGGACCUCAUAUCAUGGGGUUUGAGGGAAAAGACAUGAGACUGCAAGGAAAGUGUCAAUUUGAGAAUAUUAUUUUCACUAAAAAAAAUGCCCCCCGAAAGUCAUUAGUUCCAUCGCAUGCUAAUUUCUUUUCUGUAAAUGAUAUAUUGAUAUUUUUGCAGGAUAAAAAUCAUUGUGAAACAUUUAGAUUUAUAUAUGUUUUGUAUAAUUAAUUUUCUCUUUCCGUCGUACAGCAAGAAAGUGUAAUAUUUUGUAGUUAAUUUCACGGAGGAUAAGAGAGAGAGAGAAGGAUGGAGAAAGCAUAAAAAUGAAAUAUAGAGAUAGAAAGUCAACUAGGAUGAUAGAAUACAAAGUAAUUUCACAUCUUCCGCAGAAAACCGAAAAGAUACAUGAUUAAGAGAGGAGGAAAAUAAAGAGAUAUGAAGGAAAAAAACAAA